UUCAACCAUUUUCCUAUUCUUUCUCUCCCCCAAAUACUCUGUAUUUAGACCACCCCCCAAAAAAAAAAUAAAAAAAAAAAAUAUAUUUUGAGAAAAUAAAAAAAAUGACAGCAGCAGAGUUGCAGUUACCUCCAGGUUUCAGAUUUCACCCAACUGAUGAAGAGCUUGUGAUGCAUUAUUUAUGCCGAAAAUGCGCCUCUCAGCCAAUUGCUGUACCAAUUGUAGCUGAAAUUGACCUCUACAAGUUUGACCCUUGGGAUCUUCCAGAUUUGGCAUUGUAUGGAGAGAAAGAAUGGUACUUCUUUUCACCUCGAGAUCGGAAGUAUCCGAAUGGUUCACGCCCAAAUCGAGCUGCCGGAACCGGUUACUGGAAAGCGACCGGUGCCGAUAAGCCGAUCGGAAACCCGAAAGCGGUUGGAAUUAAGAAAGCAUUGGUGUUUUACGCUGGCAAGGCACCUAAAGGAGAGAAGACUAAUUGGAUCAUGCAUGAAUAUCGCCUUGCUCAUGUUGAUCGAUCUGCUCGUAAGAAUAACAACAGCUCAAGGCUGGAUGAUUGGGUUUUAUGCCGAAUAUACAACAAAAAGGGAUCUAUUGAGAAGAUUAACCGGAAAAUGAACACAGGCGUCUAUAUGGAUAAGGUUGAAUCUCCAGUAGAUAGAAAACCGGAGAUUCUACCACCACUACCACCGCCAGCUCAGCAAGUGAAUAAUGAUUUCUUCUAUUUAGAUCCAUCGGAUUCAGUUCCAAAGAUCCACUCAGAUUCGAGCUGCUCGGAACACGUGCUUUCGCCAGAUUUCACGUGCGAGAGGGAAGUUCAAAGUGAGCCAAAGUUAACUGACUGGGAAAAAGCUACCCUUGAACUUCCAUUUAAUUACAUGGAUGCCACUACUGGUGCUACAACUGUGGAUAAUAGCUUGUUAGGUUCUCAAUUUCAGAGCAGUUAUCAGAUGUCGCCGUUGCAGGAUAUGUUCAUGCACCUGCAAAAACCUUUUUAAAAUCGAUUUGGGACCCAUUUGGUGAAUCAUUUACAGCCGCAAAAGUGUCAAAGGAGACUAGCUAAGGUCCGUGACUUUCGCACGUGCGGUUGUGGUAGAAUUGUUGUAGUAGUAGUAGUAGUAAGCAUCUUUUGCUUUCACAUUGGCAAUUGUGAGGACAACAUUUGUAUAUAUAGUUAAUAAAAAAUACUACUAGCAGUUAAAAUAAAAGUUAAAAAAAAAGAA